AUGAACCGGAUCACGGUGUACGAGCGCCCCGACUUCGAGGGGCUGAGCCGGGAGUUCACCUGCGACGUGCCCGACCUGCACGAGCUGGAUUUCGGCAACUGCAUCGCCUCCCUGAAGGUGGUGGGGCAGCCCUGGAUCGCCUACACCGAGCCCAAGUACGAGGGCGAGCCGCACGCCUUCGAGGAGGGCGAGUACCCCUCGGUGGGGCGGCCCAACAGCUUCUCGGCGCUGCGCCUGGUGCACCACGACCUGGGGGACCCCCAGAUCACCCUGUACGAGCGCCCCAACUUCCAGGGGGCCUGCAAGGUGGUGACGGAGGAGACCAACCUGGCCUACGGCUACUUCAACGACCGCGUGGCCUCGCACGUGGUGCAGCGCGGGGUCUGGCUGCUCUACCAGCACCCCGGCCGCGGCGGCUGGCACUGCCUGGCCUGGCCCGGAGAGCGUUUGGCCGACUACAAACCCGAGCUGAACUUCCAGGCCAGGCUGUCCCACCUGCGCCCGCUGAAGCCGGGGCAGCCUCAGGUCUCGGCGCAGCUCCUGUGGGAGCAGAAGCGGGUGGAGGCCGAGCGGGAGGUGCUGGUGGACGAGAUCGUGGGGGUGAACGAGACGGCGGCCGAGCAGGCGCUGUCGGCGAGCAGCCGGCGGGAGUACAGCACCACGCUCUGGCAGAGCUUCCACUUCAGCAACGCCAGCAGCCUGAAGGCCGGGCUGUCCUUCACGCUGGCCGUGGAGGCCUCCAACGUCUUCACGGUGCAGAAGGGGCGCAGCGAGGCCAGCACGCGGCGGGAGCGGGUGGAGGUGCAGCUGCCGGCCAAGAUCCCCCCGCGCACGGCGCUGAGGGUCCGCGUGCUGCGCACAACGAGGCCGUGA